CAGCUGUGCAGCGGUGUCCCACACUGCCGCGCUCGGAUUGGUCCUGGUCCUGGGCCGAGGGCGGGCCUUAUGCACGGUCGUGCCGUGUGUGUGUAAUGACAAGCUGCAAAUGGCGGAUGGAGACGGACCGCUUUAACUUUAUCCCACAAUAACAAUACUGAGCUUACCGAGUGAGCGCAGGAUGCUCUGCGGGUCUAGUUAGGACUGGCCCGGUUCCUACAACGACCACUGGCCUUUCAGAACCGGGCAGAAACCGAACUACAGCCAGGCGAUGGAUGACUCUCAGCCCCGCUACAGCAAGCGCCUGCGAACAGGAACGCGGCGGCGCUACCAGGAUGAUGGCAUCUCAGAUGAUGAAAUUGAGGGGAAAAGAAUGUUUGACCUUGAUGAAAAACUUCAAAGCAGCUACUUUAAUUCAGACUUGGUCAAAAUCAUGGAUGGAAAAGACUUCACUUUUGAGUACAUCCAGCAGGAAGGGCUUCGAACCCCAAUCAUCUUUACUAAAACAGAUGGUCUUGGCAUUCAGAUGCCUGAUGAAGAUUUCAGCGUGAGUGAUGUGAAUCUGUUUGUAGGCAGUCGAAGGAUGAUUGAUGUGAUGGAUGUAAACACUCAGAAAGGCAUUGAGAUGUCAAUGAGUCAGUGGAGACGGUACUAUGAAACUCCACCUUCAGAAAGGGAGAAGCUGUACAAUGUCAUUAGUCUUGAGUUUAGUCAUACAAAACUGGAGCACCUCGUCAAGAGACCGGCUUCGGUGGAUGUGAUUGACUGGGUGGACAACAUGUGGCCUCGGCACCUGAAAGAGAAACAGAGAGACUCCACUAAUGCCAUUAUAGACAUGCAGUACCCAAAAGUACAGAAGUAUUGUCUGAUGAGUGUGAAGGGCUGCUUCACAGACUUCCACAUAGACUUUGGCGGCACAUCAGUCUGGUACCAUAUCCUAAGGGGAGGCAAGGUGUUCUGGCUGAUCCCACCCACGCCACAGAACCUGGAGCUCUAUGAGAACUGGGUGUUGUCAGGGAAACAGGGUGACAUUUUCCUUGGAGACAAAGCCACAGACUGCCAGCGCAUUGAGCUAAAACAGGGCUACACCUUCAUGAUCCCGUCAGGUUGGAUCCAUGCAGUAUACACUCCCGAGGAUACACUGGUGUUUGGUGGGAAUUUCCUUCACAGUUUCAACAUUCCAAUGCAACUAAACAUAUACAACAUUGAGGACCGCACACGGGUUCCAUCUAAGUUCCGUUACCCUUUCUAUUACGAGAUGUGUUGGUACGUGUUGGAGCGUUACCUCUACUCUUUAACAAACACCUCUCAUCUAACACCGGAGUUCCAGAAACACUCUCUGGGUAUAGGUCUGAAGAAGGAAGACUACAGCAAACAAAACGAACUCAAUGGUCAUACAGGGGACGGGGAGGAGGAGUCUGAGGGGGAAGAGGAUGAGGAGGAGGAGGAGGAGGGCGAGGGUGAGGGUGAGGGUGAAGAUGUUAUGGACAUUAAGGAGGAAGAUAACCAAGAAGAGAAGGCUCCCUCCCCUCCGGCCCGUCCAGACGUGAAAGUGCACCUGACACCGUUUGAGCUGGAGGGCCUAUGGCAGCUACUGCACAAAUUGGAGGAACUGCCCGCUCACAAGAAGUGUGUCCCCGUGGGCAUCAGAAAUGCUCCUGCGCUUCUCAAUGACAUUCGGGCUGUGCUGAAGGAGCAUGCCAAUGAUGAUCCAAAAUUGUCUUACACUGGAAAACCAAUAGUCACGUGGCCAAAACGGCCCUCGUGGUACAAGCCUCCUAUUCGUCCCCUGUCUCCAGUUAAUCGUCAGCGGGCUCCGAGCUCAGGUCCCACGCUGGCACCGGUACCACGUCCUGUAAAACCCCCCUCUUCCAUCUCAGCUUUGCGUCGAAGGCGAGUGCGGUGCAAACGCUGUGUGGCUUGCCUACGCACUGAGUGUGGAGCCUGCACUUACUGCAAGGACAUGAGGAAGUUCGGUGGUCCAGGCAGACUGAAGAAGACCUGUAUUCUCAGACAGUGUCUGGCACCGGGUCUGCCUCUAUCUGCUGUGUGUUCCAUAUGUAAGGAAGGGAUCCAGGAGAUUGAAGGAGACACAGAACCCACACAAACUCUCAUGGAGUGUUCAGAAUGUGCUCAGAUUACACAUCCUGAAUGCAUAAUGGUGCCAGGAGAGGGUGUGAUCAAUAAGGACCUGCCCAGUUGCUGGGAAUGUCCUAAAUGUGUCCAGGAAAAGAACACAGAGUCUUCCAGCAGUAGUUCUGAGAAGGAGUGUGAAGGCAGCGUGACGACUGGUUCCCCAUCUUCAGGGCCUCCAGCUAAGCGGGCAUACAGAGAGGGUAUUGGUGUGGGGUCGCUACGUUUUGGGCGUAAGGGUCAUUCUCCCCUGUCGCCCUCCUUCUUCCCUCUGACCCGCUCCAGACGCCAACCCCCACCCUCCCAGAGGCUUCUACUGCAGCACCAGCAAAGCCGGAAGAGAGCCAGCAUACAGGAAUUACAGCACAGGAGGAGGAUAAGGUUAGAACGGAAAAAAAUUCUUCAGUCGACUCGUUCAUCUGUCUCUCUUUCUCCAAAGCUCCUGCGUCAGCGGACUUUGGAGAGGAGUGCAGCAGUCCGGGCAGCCCUCAGCAAGGGCACAUCCCGUGGGAGAUCGGUGCCGGCCUACAGGGGGAGAGGGGUGCGGUUCCGUGGCGGAGGUCGAGUUGGAGCUCUGAGAGGACGGAUGGAGAAAGAGGAACGUGGGACAGACAGCGAUGAGGAGGAAGGUCGAGCAAAGGAUGAAAGGAGAGAAAACGGACGGGCUGGUAAAGAGAAUUGGCCACAGAGGCACAGCAGAGGGGCAAAUGUGGAGGAGAAUGGAGACGGACAGCAGAAUGGAGAGCGAGAUAGGAACGACGAUGAAGAGCACUCCCGAUCAGACUCUUCCACAGCGCUCAGUGACGAGGUCCGAGGUCAGAGGUCUUGCGUGACUGUAACCUUGCAGCCUUCUAGGGGUAGGAGGGACCCCAGCACCAUUGUGCCCAAACUGGAGGCCAACGUAUCUGCCAGAAGCCUCCCGCAGAGUCCCAGGGACCUCCAUGGCAAGUCGUUACUUCGCCCACCACUCCGAAAUGGAGCCCGCCACUCAAAAAAAACUCACACAAACCUUCACACACACAUAGCAAAGUCACACACUGAAAGAACUCACGUCCAGUCCCCCAUGUUAACCAGAACCACUUCCAAACAUUCCCACAUGGGCCAGAACCACUACAGCGGGAGGAAUUCACGGCUGGACAGAAUAAAGCCUUUAAAAUCCACUUCUUCAUCCAGCACAGUCGCUUGUGGAUCGUCUGAGCAGAAUGGAGUGAGCGAGCCUGGAUGUGAGAGACUGGUGUGGGUGUCUGUCUUCCGCUACCUGACUCAAGCCGAGCUGUGUGUCUGCAUGUCUGUCUCCAAGAACUGGUACAAAUGGGGGUGUGAUAAGCGCUUGUGGACGCGGGUCAAUUUAAGCUGCUGCCAAUCCAUCAGUCCACAGGCCCUCUCUGGCAUCAUCAAACGCCAGCCGGUCACACUGGACCUUUCUUGGACCACCAUAUCCAAGCAACAGCUCAGCUGGCUCAUCAACCGGCUGGCUGGGCUAAAAGAUCUGGUUUUAUCAGGGUGCAGCUGGACAACAGUCUCAGCUCUAAGUUCUCUUAGAUGUCCAUUAUUGCGCUCGUUAGAUCUGCGUUGGGCAGACGGCAUCAAGGAACCACAGAUCCGAGAACUCCUCAGCCCACCAGGUUGCAAUAACCGAUCCCAGCUGCGGAACAUGCAGUGUUUGAGGCUGUGUGGUUUGGAUGUGACAGAGGCGACUCUGAGGCUGAUAAUCAGACACAUGCCCCAGCUAACGAGGCUGGAGCUCUCACACUGCCCUCUGACUGACAAUGCUCUCAACCUCCUAACCGCUGUGGGCUCCUCCACACGCAACACUCUCACACACCUCAACCUAGCAGGCUGCAGUCGUCUGACUGACCACUGUCUGCCAUACCUGCAGCGUCUGUCCUGUCUCUCAGUGCUGGACCUGCACGAUUGCAAGGGAGUCUCCCGGCAGGCCUGCGAGAAAUUCAUCUCCGAACUGUCAGUCACUGCUCUUUACUGCCUGUCAGAUGACAAACUCAUCCAGAGGAUAUCUUAGAACCUAGUCUUUUCUAAGAGAGGCAGACGUGUGUGUGUGUGUGUGAAGAACAAAUACAGGAAGGCUGUUGGUGCGUGUGUGGAAGUAUGGAUGGUCAGUAAGGUCGCUCUGUUUAACAGAGAGCUUUGCAUCAUGUGUGGAUUGUGAGGAGUGAGGAGCUCUAAGCGUCCAGAGCGGAGCUUGUGUAUAAAUAGCGAUGGGAACGUCUUAUUUGUAAUUAAGUCCCUCCCUCUGUUCUGUGUACACGAGUACUGCAAUUGGCAAUCACGUCGAUUCUCAGGCCUGGAAUGCUGUGGGCUCUUCCAACAGGAGUUUAAUACAGGUGCUAUUCCAACAGCUUUUCUAUACCAGGGCAGGCCUGUUUGCAUGCCUCUCCUGAGUCCUUCCUCUCCUUUAUUUGACUUUCGUUAUUCGUAGCAGGGUGUCGCACUUCGUUUCACUCCUUGAGUUUAUUUUUUUUUAGGAGGAAUAACUUUUUUUUUGUUCUCAGUUCCUCUAAAAAGAGUAUAGAUAUGCUGUAUAUCUAUAAAUAUAUAUGUAUACAACCCUGUGUAAAUGUAUUUCUCUUAUGUAGUCUGCCAGAAAGAAGAAAUCUGUAGCAAUGUAAUUAUUUUUUGGAUGCUUUGUUUAGUUUUUUCACUUUGUUUUUGAUUGUUUUUUCAAAACAAAUAAAGAAAUGAUAAACUGUUCUA